AUGUACUACAAUAAGACACCGUUGUUAAGACGAAAGUUCGAUGAUUCAAAAUUUUCACCGCAAUUGUUCCUCAAGUACGAAAUGUUGCAACCUAGCGGUAGUUUCAAAUCUAGAGGAAUCAGCUACUUAAUAUCAAAGCGUAAAUCAGAAGCUGAAGCCCAAGGCGGGAGAAAACUGGUUGUUUUUUCAAGUUCAGGUGGUAAUGCAGGACUUGCUGCAGCUACGGCUGCUAAAUCGAUGGAUCUAGAGUGCACUGUCGUAAUACCCAAGACGACAAAACGCAGAAUGAUCGAGAAAAUAGAAAAAAGCGGUGCCACUGUAAUAAUUCAUGGAGACCACUGGGGUCAAGCAGACGCUUAUUUGCGAGAGGUUGUUAUGGUCGAAGAAGUAGAACGUGGACUUGAAACGCUUUACGUCCAUCCGUUUGACGAUGAGACCAUCUGGGAAGGUCACUCUACUAUCGUGGAUGAGAUUGUACAGCAGUUGGAAGAGCACUCCAUUGCCCCGUCGAGACUGAAAGGAAUCGUGUGCAGUGUUGGGGGCGGUGGUCUGUUCAGUGGAGUUGUGAAGGGUCUGGAGCGGCAUAAAUUGGCCGACAAGGUCCCUGUAAUCGCGGUUGAAACAAAUGGAUGCGAUGUACUCUCAAAAUCUCUCGAAUCCGGUAGUCCAGUUACACUCAGCCAAAUCAGCAGCGUAGCUACUUCUUUGGGAUCACCAUUCAUUGCCUCUUUCGCAUUCGAAAGUGCCUUGAAGUACGAUAGCAAGGCCCUUGUUUUGCAAGACAAAGAGGUGCUGGAAACGUGCCUGACAUUCGCUGACGAAUCCGGUAUUAUUAUAGAGCCUGCCUGUGGUGCAUCUUUGCAUCUAUGCUACAAUCCCAAAUUAUUUGACAUCGCACUGGGAACUCAGCAUUCGCUGGCACCAACAGACGUCAUCGUUGUAAUCGCAUGCGGAGGUUCGUGUGUGAGCUACAAUGAUUUAUUGGAACUGUACGAGAAUAAGCUCUAG